ACACGACUGAAGUGACUUAGCACACAUAUCUUCAAUAUUGGUAUUAUCAUAUUAUGAAUCAACAGUGCCUCCCAUGUUACACAAAUUUUUGAAAAACUGAACACAAAAAAUCCACUGGAAAGGGAAUUAUAUUAGAUAAAUAAUAAAUCAUUCAGACUGCAAUACAGAGACAGAAAGAUGGAAAUUAGAGGAAAACAGAGUGGAAAAAUCUACCUAACAACUAACUGGAAUUCACAAGAAGAGGAGAAAAAAUGGAGAAGAGCCCAAUAUAUGGAGAAGGAAAUUUUUCUGAGGACGGGAAGAUGCCACUUAACAGAUUCAAUCUGCUCAACAAUCCCAAGCAGGACAAAAGGCAAAGAAUUUCAUAAAAAGCAUGAGAAAAUUCUCUCGUGCUAUUUACAAUUUUUUAAAAAAACAGGUAAAAAGAAUUUAACUUAAAAAGAAAAUAAAGGCGACAACCCAAAUUAACACCAAGAGUAGAAUGCUCUGGCCUUGACACAUCUGUCCAGCGCCUGUGUAGGUGGGCUGGGCAAAGUCCCAAGGACAGAGGAGGGUCAGAGGAGUGGUUUUUCCCACGACUGAGGGUCUUUAUCCUCAAAACCCUCACUUGAGUCCGAUAAUCCUGAGUCCUUCGAGGACAUGUAAUGCACAUCACCGUGGUAGUCAGUGUCCAAGCGACGGCGGACCCCACGAACUUCCGGGAAGUGCAGUUGGUCCCCAUUCAGCUAAUGUUGUGACAGCGCGGAUAUAGGGUAUUUGGGGAAAUACAGUCCUGGAAAAGUGGAAGCUAAAUACUCAAGAGCAGUACAAGCCGAGCAGAGUGGCAGCAAAGUUUUGAAUGACGGAUCUUCGGCUGGCAGAGGCCACUUCUUGUCCCGCACCAGCAAGUCUGCCCUUGUUCAAGGAGGAAAACGUCUGCACGAGCACAGAAACGACCCAAAAGACGUUUCACGGCCUCAUAAUCUUCAGGGAAACAUAGCUUCCCGGUUUGGGCUCUCAUUAUCUUCACAGCGCUUGUAGACGCUGCCGUUGGUUUCGGGAAGCGAAGUUCGCCAGAGACGACUGUUGUCCCCUGCAUUCUUCCGAGGGGAUCGACUCCGGCAGAGUCUCCAAGCGGUGUAAUUUCUCACAAAGCUCAACCCGUGGUCUCGCGGUGCUCCGAGAUCGCGCGGCCGCUGAGCCUCCUGGGAAGUGUGGUUUUCUGGAAGGCAACCGUGCGAGUCACUGGCAACUUUUCUCCGUGAAGCGGAGGAGUCUGAGAAGUGCCGUCCGCACCGGGGCUCCGCCUGGGGCUGCUCGGCGUUUGUCUUCGACCCAGCAGCAGUAUUCUUGGUCCUGAAAUCGCGCAGGACUCUGGGCAGCGCCGUUCCGGCGAGGCAAGCGGCCUUUGUUCCCUACAGCUACACGGCGCGUCAGGCACUGCCCUUCUAUAAGACAACCUGGAAAGAGGGCUGUGUCGACUAUUGGAAAUUGCAGAGUCAUGUUUCAGGUGACAUUUAGUGAUGUGGCCAUAGACUUCUCUCAUGAAGAGUGGAGAUGGCUCAAUUCUACUCAGAGGGAUUUAUACAAGGAUGUGAUGGUCCAGAAUUAUGAGAACCUGGUAUCCCUAGCAGGUCUUUCUAUACCUAAGCCAUAUGUGAUUGCUUUAUUGGAGGAUGGCAGAGAACCUUGGAUGGUGGAGGAAAAGCUGUCAAAAGAUAUGUUUUCAGAUUGUAAAUCAAGAUGGGAAAACAAAGAAUUAUCAAUGAAGGAGGAUAUUUAUGAUGAAGAUUUACCCCAAAUGGUAAUAAAGGAGAAAACUACACAACAAAAUCAUGAAUUUUCAAAUUUUAACAAGGACUUGUAUUAUAUCAAAAAGUUGGAGGGGAAGUAUGAAAAUCAAGUAGAGCAUUUCAGACCAGUGACCCUCACCUUUAGAGAAAGUCCCAUUGGGGAAAGUGUUUACAAAUGUAAUGUGUUUAAAAGCAUCUUCCAUUUAAAGUCUAUUUUUUCUGAACCACAGAGAAUUUCUGCUGAAGGGAAGUCACAUAAAUGUGAUAUACUUAAGAAGAGCUUACCAACAAAUUCCGUUAUAAAAAAUGAGAAUAUCAAUGAUGGAAAGAAACUUCUGAAUUCUAAUGAAAGUGUGGCAGCCUUCAGCCAAAGCAAAUCUCUUACCCGUCACCAGACUUUGAAUAGAGAGAAAAUCUAUACCUGCAGUGAAUGUGGGAAAGCCUUUGGCAAACAAUCAAUCCUUAAUCGGCAUUGGAGAAUUCAUACAGGAGAGAAACCCUAUGAAUGUCAUGAAUGUGGGAAGACUUUUAGCCAUGGCUCAUCCCUUACUCGACAUCAAAUAAGCCACAGUGGAGAGAAACCUUACAAAUGUAUUGAAUGUGGAAAAGCCUUUAGCCAUGUCUCAUCACUUACUAAUCAUCAAAGCACUCACACUGGAGAGAAACCAUACGAAUGUAUGAACUGUGGAAAGGCAUUUAGUCGUGUUUCACAUCUCAUUGAACAUCUGAGAAUUCAUACUCAAGAAAAACUCUAUGAAUGUCGAAUAUGCGGGAAGGCAUUCAUUCACAGGUCAUCUCUCAUUCACCAUCAGAAAAUUCAUACUGGAGAGAAACCUUAUGAAUGUAGAGAAUGUGGAAAAGCCUUUUGCUGUAGCUCACACCUUACUCGACAUCAAAGAAUUCAUGCUAUUGAGAAACAAUUUGAAUGUAACAAAUGUCUGAAAGUCUUUAGCAGCCUCUCAUUUCUUAUUCAGCACCAGAGUAUUCAUACUGAAGAAAAGCCCUUUGAAUGUCAAAAAUGUGGGAAAUCUUUCAACCAACCUGAAUCACUGAAUAUGCAUUUGAGAAACCACACUAGAUUGAAACCUUAUGAAUGCAGUAUAUGUGGGAAAGCCUUCAGUCACAGGUCAUCUCUGUUUCAACAUCACAGAAUUCAUACUGGAGAGAAACCCUAUGAAUGCGUUAAAUGUGGGAAGACCUUCAGCUGUAGUUCAAACCUUACUGUACAUCAGAGAAUUCAUACUGGAGAAAAGCCAUAUAAAUGUAAUGAAUGUGGGAAGGCAUUUAGCAAAGGCUCAAAUCUUACUGCCCAUCAGCGAGUACAUAAUGGAGAGAAACCCACUAGUACAAUAAGUGUGGAAAAGUCUUUAGGCCAUAUGAGUCACUGUGUGUAUGAAAGAUCACAUAAUAGAGAAACUGCAUAAAGGCAGUGUUCAUCAUACUAUACUGUAGCUGUAGAUCUUCCCAGAUUCAAAAUCAGAAAAUCCAUACUGGAGAAAAUUCUUAAGAAUGUAAUGAAUAUGGGAAGGUCUAGCAAUGAUAUAAGCCUUAUGGUUUAUCACAAUUCACACUGUAGAGAGAUUAUGAUGGCAAUGUGUGGGAAAGACUUUAGCCAGCAUUAAUCCCUUAGUUGACAUAAGUAAAUCCACACUGGAGAAAAAUCCUUUAUAUGUAACAAGUUGGGAAAGACAUUAGGCAAACAUGAAUCUCUUAAGAAACAUAACACACAUACAGGAGAGAAGCAAUACGAAUAUAGAGAUUGUGGGAAGUCCUUCAAUUAAAAUACAUCCUUCAUUCUCUACAUCAGAGAACUCACACCGAAGAGAAAGUUUAUGUAAGGAAUGUAGCAAAGUGUUCGUUUACUAAGCUUACAGGCAUCAGAAGAUUAAUGCUAGAACCACCUGAAGGAUGUAGGAAAUAUGUUUAAGUCUUUCUUUGCAUUGAUGCUAAUUUGUAAACAGUUCUACAGGAGAGCAAACAAGCAUAAAUCAACAUGCAUAUCAUAAAGUAGCAGCAUGCAUUUUACUCCAGGUCCUACAUAAAAAUUAGCUAAUGGGCAUGUGAAGAUAUAUAGUCACUCAGUGAAUCCAGUAAAUGUAAUAAAUGAACAUUGCAAUAGAAGUAAAAAGUGGUAUGAAUAAAAUUUUUCAUUUCUAAUAAAGUGGUUUUGUAUAUGUUGAA